AUGUCUCAUUCACUGCCCUACUCCAUCCCGUACAUUACGGCUCCAGCACCACAGUACAUGCUGCCGACGCACCCGCACCAAACGCACAUCCCGGGUGCCGUGCAUAUGGUCUCUCCUGCUCAGAUAAGAACCGAACAACCGCAGCGUAAACGCCCGAAGUACACGCGGAGCAAAACAGGGUGUCUGACUUGUAGAGCCAAAAAGAUCAAGUGCGAUGAAGGCAAACCAAACUGUCACCGAUGUGAGCAUGCGCAUCGUGAGUGUACCUGGCCGGACCCGACGACAAUAAAGAAAAAAGUGCAGCCGCGCAAGACGUCUACUACUCAGGACAAUAUGUCGGCGUCGGAGGCUGCUUCCCGCUCUUCUGGCUCGCCUGCAUCGCGAGAUGCAACCCCGAGUACUCGGGACAUCGACGGUACUGUCAACCCCACUGCCAUGACCGAGCCGGAUCGCCGUUACAGUGGAUCUCAGGGAUAUCCUUAUGUGGAGUCCAAUGCUCCAAUGAAUAGGCGUCAGACUAAUGGUGGCUACAAUGCAACGUCUGAAGUAACCCCAAUGAGUUCUGGCACAACCAUUCCCUCAUACUCCUACGAUUUUCAUCCGUCUCCAAACGGCUCGAUUUCUUCCCGGAGUAACUCACGUCCAUCAACUGGAAACUCGCUUCCUCCAUCGCACUUCGGAGCUUCCGCAAACCAUGCAGCCAUGGAAUCUAGAGACUAUCCUCGAUGGGAGACUAUGCCUACCCACCGUGCUGAUGCGUCUUAUGCAUACUAUUCUACUACCUAG